AUUAGAGGAAACUGCUAUUGGAUUUAACCAUCAGCUUUUACAAGUUACUUUCUUUCCCGCUAAAACUGGGAGCAUAAACGUUAUCAUUGUUCUGUUCCAACUACUCUGCCAUUCAAUAUGUGUCACAACACUACUAUCGUCCAUCGCUGCGGGCAGCACACAGGCCGUGAGAUUACCUACUGCCGCAACGCUGGAAGAUCCCGCACCACCGGGAAAAAAACCAUGUGCGGCAACCGCUCUGCGACGCGUACCAACCAACGGGACUCUUUGUGCUCGGAACCAACAUGUCGCCACAGACAGCUCGGGGGUAGCUGGACCUGCUGUAUGUGUGACAAUGGCCCGAAUCGCUACGGACGAUGUGUCUUUACGCGUGUAAUCAGCCCAGGGAGCGGCCAUGUGAUCAAUCCUUGCAAACAUAGUCCUUGUGAUGAAUGCACAUCAUAUAGGCGACGGUAGUACUUAUAAAAUGGCGCUAGUUGGUGUAGGGCUGGAAUAUGCUGUUUAGGGGAUGCUGUAGUUAUUAGGGAUGUGGGACUAUGAAGUACUAGAAGUGUGACGGCUGUGGUUUCCGAAGGGAUAAAGAAUAGUGUAUUUGGUCUAUAUUGGUGGAUUUACAGGGCAAGGACUGAGCAGUUGUCUUGUUAUGUCUCUUAAUAGUAGAUACAUUUGCUUGAUAGGCCUUGAUUAAUGUAAAGGAGUUUUAUUGGUUGCUGAGUUGAUGGGGUAAAAGCUUCUUGAAACCACUGUUUGUAUCUGCU